GCCCGUCUGCGGAUGCGUGCGACGGCACGGUCUCGCGCCCCGCUGUCCCUGCUCCCCAUCUUUCUCUCUCCGUGUCGCUGAAACGGAAGAUUAACCACAAACACAACAAUGGGAGGAUUUAACGCGUAGCAGCCGCUGCUCCAUUUUAUUGCAAUUGAAAGCGUCGCGCUUGGGCUUAUUCCCCGUGAAAAUGGCGACGGGGGCAGGCUGGCAGCCUCCGUACAACACCUCGACUAGCAGCACCAAAUAUACCCCCUCUCCAACGUCCAGCAUGUUUUACGACGGGAGUUUGACGCUGGAAUACACUCAAGACCUGCAUUUGAAGAUGAGCAAGAAGAUAGCACAACUGACCAAGGUAAUUUAUGCUCUCAACACCAAGAACGACGAGCACGAGGAGGAAAUCGAGUCUCUGAAAGAAGCCCACGAGGAUGAGGUCCAACACAUCGUGACUGAAACCAGGGACAAGAUCAUGCAGUACAAGAGCAAAAUGGCAGACGAGGCAGACCUGAGGCGGCGGCUGGCCAGUCUGGAAGAAUCUGUCGAACUCCACGAACACAUGAAGAGACAGGCUUUAGCAGAGUUUGAGAUGUACAGACAGAGAAUGGAGGAUUCGCAGCUCUGCACAGAGGCCCAGCACACACAGAGAGUGGUUUCUAUGAGCAGAGAGGUGGAGGAGAUGCGUCGGGAUUUUGAGGAGAAGCUGCGGGCGUUCAGCCAAGCUCAGGCCCAGUUUGAGGCGGAAAAACGGCGAGCGCUGGAAGAUCUGAGGACCACCCACCGCCAGGAGGUGGAGGAACUCCUCAACAACCAGCAGAACCAGAGCGCCUCCUCCACCGAAGACCAGGAGAAACUGGCUGAGCUGCAUAGACAAGAGGUGGAGGCAUUGAUGGAGAGGGUGGAGGAGAUAACGAAGGACAAGGUCCGUCUGGUGGAGGAGUACGAGGCCAAGCUGGCAAAGGCUCAGGAGUAUUAUGAGAGAGAGCUGGAGGCCAUGAGGAGAACGCACCAGCUCACCACUGAGAACCUGCUGGCCUGGAAAAGGACUGAGGUUGAGCUUCGUAAGGAGUUCCAGGCUCAGGAAGCUGCGCUGCAACGCUCUCUGUCCAAGCUGCGGAGUGAGCUUCAGAAAGCACAAGAGGAGGCCAGAGAGAACCGAGACAGGACCAACAGACUGCAGACAUCGCUGGCCAACGCUGAGGGAACUAUCAAGAACCUGCACAAGCAGCUGGAAGAGGCCAUCCAGGAUGGAGAGAUCUGGGUGAUGCAGCUGAAGGACACUGAGUAUGAACUAGAGGGCAGCAGGGAACGAGUUCAACAGCAGGCAACUGAAAUCCUCCACAAAGCCAGUCAGAUUGGCUCGUUGCAGGCCACCCAGAUGGCCCAUGAGGCGACCAUUAGGAACCUGGACCAGGAGCAGAACCGGCUGAAGGAGAAGAUCAGCCGGCUGGAGGAGGAGAGAGAAGCACUGCUCAACCAGAGUCAGACCUCCAAUGAACAGCACAAACAGCAAGUGCUGAAACUAGAACAGUCUCUGCGUGAGGAGCACCAGGGGUAUGAGAAGGAGCUGUGCAGGCUGAGAGCACACUCUGAGGAGGAGAUGCUUCGCUUUAAGGAGGCGCAGGUCAGAGCGCUGGAGGAGCUGGAGGAGAAGCACCAGUCCAUGAGGGAGGAGGCACAGCAGGAGAAAGAGGAGGAGAAGCAGCUCCUCAUGGCGAAAAUGAGUCAGGAGUUUGAGAUUAAGCGUCUGUCAUUGGAGGAGCAGCGCGACCGUCUUCAGCAGCAGCUUGACAACUUGAAAGAGGAGCUCUCAGCCAAGCUCAAUAUGGCCAAUCAGGAGGUGUCCCACCUCCAGGAGCUGGUGAGGGAGGGGGAGCAGAACAUGAGUUCAGCUAAGACACAGAUCAGCUGUCUGAGGGAAACUCAGGAGAAGCUCAAGAUAGAGCUUGACGCUACGAGAGCCCGGGUCCGAGAGACUAGCAACCUGCUAACUGACCUACAGGAGGAGAUCGAGACGCAGAGACAGCAGCAUGAAGCCAGAGUGAUGUCCAUCAGAACAGAAGAGAAACAGAAGAUGGACAAGAUGGCAGACGACUUGGACCAGAAAUGGAGAGACGCACUGCGGGAGGAGGUGCGCCUGUUAAAGGAGGAGUUGACCGAGGAGUAUGAAGCGGACAAACAGGCGGCGCUGACUCAGCUCUCCCAGCAGAAAGAACUGGAGAUGAUGGCGGCAAGAGAGGGCUGGCAGAGGAAGGUGGAAGACCUGCUGGAACAGAUCUCUCUGUUGAAACAGUCCCUGGAGCUGCAGUUGUCUCAGUCCCAGGCGUCACUCCAGCAGCUGCAGUCUCAGUUCAACCAGGAGAGGGAACUGCUGAGCCAACAGCUGAAAGAGAUGCAGAGAGAACAUCAGAGGAGAGAGCAUCGAUUACAGGAGGCUCACUGCUGUGCCCUGAGCACCAUGGAGGAGGCCAGACAACACCAGAUAAGGGCUCUGGAAGAGCGUCUGAAGCAGGAGCAGAGGGAGGAGGUCCAUGCUCUGAAGGAGGCCCACAGGAGGACCUUAGACAUCCUGAGACAGCAGUCGGACCAGGAGCUGCAGACGCUGCGAUUUGAGCUGGAAGACGAGGGGAAAGCAAAGCUGGCGUCUCUCCGUGCAGAGCUGAACCACCUCCACGCUGCCUCCAUAGAGCAUCUAAAGCAGAUCCACCUCAAAGAAAACACUAACGCCAAACGAGAGUUAGAGAAAGCGAUGGAGCACAGCCACCAGCAGGAACAAGAGCUCCUGGGUCGUAUUUCAGACCUGCAAGCGGAGCUGUGCUCUCGUAACAACCGCAUCACUGAUCUGGACCAUGAGAUCCACUCUCUGAACGAGACCAUCGACACUCUGACCAGAGAGCUGGAGAUAAAGGGUAAAGAGGUGCUGCGGGUCCGCAGUGAAGCUAACCAUCAGAUAAGGGCCCACGAACAGGACCUUUCAAAGAGACAUGAGAGGGAUCUGGGGGAGAUAAGUAUAGUCCAUCACAGAGAAACACAAAUCAUGCUGGCUGACUUCAACAAGGCCCAGGAGGUCCUCAAAGACAAGAUCACUGCGCUACAAAUACUGUUGGAGGGGACAGAGGAGAAGUUAAGAAACAGAGAAAGCCGGCCAGAGGACCUGCACGUCAUAGCAGAGCUCAGAGAGAUGGUCACCGAGAGAGAAGCUCUGGUGAAAAAGCUUGUGGACGACAAGAAGUUCUACCAGCUGGAGUUGGUCAACAGGGAGACGGGGUUCAACAAGGUCUUCAAUUCCAGUGCCAAUGUUGGAGUAAUCAACCCUCUUAUCAAGCCUUCCUGAGGCCAACGCCGCGACACCAUCCGACCUGAGGGCGGCGGAAGCAGGAAAAAGCAAAGAACACGUUCUAAGAGAAGAGGAGCUAUGCGCCCAGCACUUCUCUUUCUGACCGGCAAAAAAAAAAAAAAAGAAAAAAAAAAGUGUCUAAAAAUGAGGCAAUGGGACAGCGAGCUAAAGUUGGACAGCAAUCAAACUGUAGGUUUUGAGAGUCAUUUGGGCGACAUCAAUAUCAAACGUCCACCGCUAAAUGUAAUCACAGCGCUCCUAUAAAUCAUGUGCAGGACUGAGACUCCAGUGUGAUUGAAACCUUAGGGCUUCCAUACAUGGUGAGAAUGGUGAGUAGUGUGGCUUGUUAGUGCAUCAUCAUGAAAGUGUGCAUGGCAGCAGGAGGUGAGGUGAUAAAAACACGUUUAUACCAUUGGCAUUGUGCAAAACAUGACAUCUGUAUGAGCUUCAGAGUGGUGAGAGAUAAAUAUAAUCUUAAAGGUUUACAAGACUUCAUCACCCAUUAAUUUUAAUAAACUAAGACCCACAACUCUAGAUGUAGAAUUUAGGAGGUGUGGAGGUACUGAAGAGACUUGCAGCUCUUGUUACCUUUAAAGUCAUUCAGUCAAGAUGAGGGCUGCAUUAAUAGUUAUAACAAAAGACAGCAGAAGUAUUUUAGUAUUAAAGGAUAAUUCUGGUGUAUUACAACUUGGCUGCUACUGGGAAUCCUCCCUGGAAACGAGAUGUAAGCGAGGUGUAUAAACAACUCAACGGUCUGUCAGCAGCAGAAUGGACAGCAGCUGGUUAACCUGCCUUCACCAGGGUAUCUGACAGCAGACAAAAACAAAAUAGUUUUCAUGUCAGCGCCAUGGGAAGAAAUCAUGUUUAUAGGUAUUGAUUCAAUAAUUUUAUUUCCCCGCUGUCCACUGCAGGGUCACUUUUAACGGAGUCACUUUUAAUACAGUGGUUUUAUAUAAUCUGGCUAAGUUCUUGGUUUGUGUUGACAAUUUUGUGUAUAAAAUGUCUCAUCAUAAGUCAGAGAAAUAAUGGCCAAAACCUCUAAAAUAAUAUCCAAGUUGUAGGAAAGCUGAAUUAUCCUUUAAAACUGAAGUGCGGGACUUUGACGUCUAAAUUAACGUAUGUUACAUUCAAGCCCCCACCACCAGGGAAAGCUCUCUGUACUGAACUGAGCUGAAACGUUUUUGGAUUGCAUACUAUACAAGAUAAAAAAAAAAGGAACUUUGCAUUCAGAGGAUUAAAGUCGAAAAAAGUCUUGCAGAGCACUCCUGGUGGUGGGUGAGAUGCGGUGAGCUCACCUGCAGAAAUAUGUCAUAAGCAUGCGUCAGUAGUGUUUGUGUAAUUACUCUCACUGCCAGAGGGGGAGACAACAGUUCUGCCCUCAGAUUUCGCAGCCUUCUGUCAGUAGCAUGAAACGCUCAGAAACAUUUUCUCACCUCUUUGAAAUAAUGUCCCCUUUUCUCUCCGCGGCUGAAACCACAGCUGGACUCUUCAGCUCAUACAAAGAUGUCACAAACAGUGUUGCAGUGAGUACAAGGUGUGGCACUACUAACAUACUUUAGAUUAAGAGGAAGAGUUCUCAGCACAUAUAGGAUGAGUUUGUCUCUUUUUUGUACUUUAACAUGUGUCUUACAAGCUGUAAUCAGACUGGAAGUGCUUUGAAAGUUCAGCCAGGAUAAAGUGAUUUUUGCCUUGAUACUUGCCUUUAGUCGUUCAUGCUGUGUCCCCAUGUGUAAAUACACACACUCGAACGUGUAUUGAGGAAACAGAACGACCUAGCUGUUGAUUCUGGUUGUUUUUUUGGCCUCUACAGUAGGAUGAACUACAGUAUACCACAAUAACGACACCAGCAAAAAAAAAAUUCAAAAAAAUAGGAACAAAGACUAACUUUAGCUUGCUGUCCCAGAGCUUUGACUGUGUACAUACAGUAUAUGUUUGAAAGUCAUUUUCAAAUCUCCGAGCUAGCUGAGGGGCGCUUGAUUUACCGUUCCAGACACCUCAGAAGUCUCAGGAGGGGAAACACCACGAGAAAGUGAAUCAAGCACCCCUCAUAUUUUUAUUAUUCCAGUAUUUAUAAUGUAACAAGCUACUGUUUUUCUACGGUCUGUUUGUGAUGCCAGUGGAGUCGGAGACAUACAGAGGGAGAGUUCUGUCAGCGACAUGCAGAAGUUGAUUGACUCCUUGCAACUUUUUUCUUAAUGCCAAGGAGUGUUUAGUUAAACGCUUUAUUUUCAUUACGAGCUCGGAGUUCAUGUCGGUGACGGAAGUCUUUGGCUACAUGUCUCUGCCUGUGGGGCAGGCCAUAGAGCAUGUGAAAACAGAAACACUAUCAUAAUGCUGCUGUCACUCACUUGAAUUCCUCAUAUCUCCGUUUUUUGGUGUACUGUCUGUUUUUUAACUUGACUUGAAAGUUUACAUAGUUCUCGUGCUGCGUAAUUUUCAUGACCUGAAGGUCCACAAAGUCCAUUCAGUAACCUGUACAGUUUCCAAACUGCAUGGUCAUCAUCAGCCUGUAAGAGGCUGUGUUUCUUACUUCUUGAUACGUGGAUAGAGAGACGUGAGGUUUGAGAGUUUACUUCCUCUCAAACUGACACCCGCGGGGUCCAUUCAACAGCAACACAAACAGUUCAGUUACAUCACAGCAUCGAUCGAUGCUCGUCUUCCAUAACAGAAUCAACCAAGGCCUCAGUGGUUCAGGAAGUGUUUGUGCUGUCAUUGUUUUUAUGUAUGGAUCACACACAAUAUCAGACGCACCUAAAUAAUACAAUCCAAUAAAAUCCCACUACAUAGAAUUGAAUCUCUGAUAAAGUCUCAACACAUAUUAAACCCUUGGACAGCUUUGGACUGUUAGGUUUUUUCCAUUCAGCCCCUGUACAUAGAUAGGUCACAAAAACAACUUUGAAGAAGUAUUCAAACUAAAAAUACCCACUUGCUUACUUUACAUGUAGCAGUGUAUGUAAUGUAAACACUUGCAGUAGUGACCCUGGACCAGACAACCAUAUAAAGAAAUCUGUUACUAGCUGACAUCGGCUUGUCUCAAAAGGUAGAAAAAACAAUUAGAUCAUUCAUAGCAUUAUAUAAAUGACAGAAAAUAAAAGAAAGCAUAACAGGUCCCCUUUAAACCAUCAGUGCCACAUUUUUGGAAUUGCCCUCUUGCCCAGAGCCACAUGAUAUAUAUUAUAUACCAAUCUUCUCAUCUGACUGGGAGUAAUGCAACAUUCCAUCAUAUUUCUCCAGAUGAACUUAUUAAGUAUAAUUUAAGUUUUGUCAAAAUAAAAGAAAUGAAACACUUCCUGAAACAGAGUUGAGACAGAACCUCCAGCAGACAUGUCUGUUUUUGUGUCAUGGAAAAACUGAAAAUGAGCAAUCAGAUGAAAAAAUCUAUUAGUUAAUACCCUUGUAGAGUCUGAUCUACACUGAACUUCUAUCAUGGCAUCCUAAUAUCCGACUGUCCCCUCAUGACAGAAUGCAGCGUAAUGACAUUGAAGCUUUAGUUAGGCUAAAUGUCAUCAAAGCUGCUACAGCAUAUUAAACUGUUUAAUUGUAAAUACUGACCUGUGACAAAUACAGAUGACGGUGUCGUCUCUGGGAUCGUAGUCCCGACGCUGAACCACAGUUGGUUCAUUCCUCCAUGCUCACUGUGAAGAUUAGAUUUAUUCAAAUUACUAUGUUAAUAUAUUGACAUUUAUGCUCAGACAUCUGCAUCAGACGAUGCAGAAGUCUUUAGGUUCUUCUUAGUUUUUUCUUAUUAAUACAAUUUCUCACAAUCACCUCCAAUUUUACUGCUACUCCUUUUAUUUCCCUGUUGGUAAUUUCACAUAUUUGUACUCUAAAAACUAAAUCAAGAAGCACAUUGUGGGGGACUUUGCUGUCUAACAAUGAGAGAGUGUUGAAUGUGUUUUACCUUCCAGGCAACCGGCUGCAAAAAAUGGUGCCUAUUCAUUCCAAUGGAGUUGCUCGUCUGGGGUAUACACCAAAAAAGUUUCUGGCUUUACUACUAGCUUUACUUACACAGUAUGCAGCCCACUCAUUAUGCUUGACAUUGUGUCAAAAAUGUUCCCCCAUAACUCACCGAGACACAAAAACAUUGGAAAAUAGGGUGCAGGUUAAAAAAUACCAGACUUACCCUUUAACUUUGAAAACAAUUAAAGCAGACGAGGUAUUUCCUGUGACGAUUGCCAACCUCAAGAAACUUUAAUGUCUCUGUUAAUCAGUUCGCAGGAUUGUAAAACACACUCAUUCUUUUGCUUGGAAACAGCAGGUGACAGAACAAUCUCACCACAAGGUCCAUUGAGUGGCUGUUCUGGAGCUUUUCAUUCUAUCACAUGAUCUUCAUCAGCAGAAGGACUUGGCCCUGUUGCUGUUGAAUCCCAGGUGCUUAAAUUUACACACAUUCCUAGCACUUUAAGGACUUCUGGUCCAUGUUGACUGCUAAGUUAAAAGUGACAACCCCUGUGAUUAGAAAGCUCCAGAACAGCUACUAAAUGGGACUUGAAGUGAGAUGGUUUAUUAUGAAUGAAUAAAUGUGUGAAAACACUGUUAUUAAAUAGCAAAAAUGAUUUUUUUUUAUCUGUUUAGGUUUAUGUUUUUAUGCAAUUGUUCCCAUUCACAUGUUUUUUUUCUUUCUGCACUAUUUGGUUUGUAAUGUAUGUAUUUGCUCAGACACUAUUGGUUGAUUUUGAUGCAUUUGUUUAUCUGUCCCACACCUGACUGUACUGUUGUUUUAAAGGACAUAAAGACAUUUCUUGGAGCCUCUUGUGGUCAUUAGAAGAACUGCAGGCAUUGCCAUCACAUGACCUUUGUCCAUCAUUACCCCAAGGUUCAUGAAAGUCUUUUUGAAAUGUUGUAAUCUUUCAAAAUGAACUGUUUCUCAACACCUGGCAGAGGAAACUUCUGAAGAUUUUUUUUUAUUAUUAUUUUUAACACUGGCAUCAGCCAACCAUUAGUGAACCAUAGAAACUGCAACUUAUUAAAACAUGAAUUGUCUGUUUAGUUUUUUUUAUGUGAUGAUAUACUGAUCAGGGCUUUGUUCAUUUCACUUUCAACUCAGUGUUUCCAAAAUUGCAAAAAAUCUGGAAGAGAAGAUUGUGACAUCUUUACACUUCAAGAAAUAAACUGAAAUAGUAAAUGUGUUGCAGUUUGUAUUUGAGUUGGAAGUGAUUUGAUGUCACCCUUGUGACUUAUCAUUUGAUAAUGUCUGUCUUGCCAUUUUUGAAGUAAAAAUAUAUAACAAUUAUAGCAACAAUAUUUAUUUAUAUUUAUAUCAUUUCUGUUGUGUGUUAUGGAACAGUAAAAUUAUGAUU